AUGGAGAGUAUCUCUCUGCCGAUAGAUGGGAAUGGACUUCGAGAUUUAUUUGGGGACAGGAAGGUCCCCGAUAUUAGCAGAAAAAUCACCGCCUGCGUUGCAUGCCGCAAGCAAAAGAUAAAAUGUAAUAUGCGAGAUGGACGCGCGCCAUGCUUACGGUGUAAGAAGCGAGGCUUAUCAUGUACGGUUAAUCGGAGUCUUCAAAUGCUCCUGGAAGAAGACGCAGACUGGAAGAACUCCGUUACACGUAAAAUUCAAAGUCUUGAAGCUUCUUUGGCUGAGCUUCGAGAGGAGCGAAGACCAUCGUCUGUCACCAUGCCACCACCAGUUCGCGCCCCAGGCGAUCAGUCUUGGGAAGUAGUAAUGGACCUAGAGAGCGGACCUGCCACGAUUCCCGCCGCUUGCGUUGAAGAGCAUACUUCAUAUGCGAGGCCUCCUGGCAGGACUCGAGUUGGUCCAGAUCUGAUCGACCAGGGCGUAUUGACAUACGACCAAGCCCAAAAUCUUCUAGAGCUGUACUCGAAUCGCCUAGAUCACUUUUUGUACCAGACCUUAGGGGAGCACAAGGAUCUCGAUGCCAUCAGGUCUAGCUCUUCUCUUCUCCUGGCGGGAAUUUGUACAGUUGGCGCUUUGCACUCCGCGGAGUUGGGACACUUGUAUGAGCGCUGCUACAAAGGAUUCAUGGAUCGCUGUGCUGCUCAGAUGUUUCUAAAUGAGAACAGACUAGACGACAUCAGAGGCCUGUGUAUUGGUGCAUUCUGGCUCAACGAAGUUUCUUGGAGUCUUGUGGCAAGGCGAAUGCGAAGUUAUUACGAGACGAGACUAUACUACUUAGUGUACGUUUGUGAUCAUCACUUUAGCGUGGCAUAUGGCCUUCCGUCGAUGUCAAGAGAAUGCGAUUCGAUCAAAUCUGCAUCUCGGUUUCUGGGUACGAAGCAUGCAUGCGAGGAUGAUGCUAGACUAGUCAGUCAGAUUAACAUCUGGCGUAUAUCUAGCUCUGUCUUCGAUGCUUUCGGGGUCGACGUAGAGAAACCUAUUUCUGUUGACCAGCUUCCAAAAAUACACCGACUCAUGAUAUCACUAGAUACCUGGCGCGCAGACUGGAGCGAGAGCUUGAAAACCCACACCCUAAUUGGAGACUACUCACAGAUAGGGGUCGGACUCCAUUUCCACUUCGCUAAAGUUCAUCUCUGCUCUCUUGCCUUCCGGGGCGUAACCUCAGACUCUCACGACUUACACCCUGGCAUGGAAGAGAUAGCGAACGCUGCAGUCGUCUCAGCCAAGUCUAUUCUACGCACAAUCAUUCAUCACCAGAGUGUGCAAUCUCAUCUCCAUGGCCUCCCGCUCUACUUCGAUACUAUGAUUGCUUUCACCGUUGUCUUCCUCCUCAAAGUAGCGACGAAAUUCUCGCGGAGCGACAUGGCAUCUGUUCUCCGCAGGGCCGCGGCGAAGAUGCAUCGCCAACAUUUGCUCCGAUUUAUUGCUGAAGGGGUAGAUAAGCUCUUGCAGAGAUGUGAAGGAGGACCUUCCGCCAUUCCGCAAACCGCAAUCUCGGACGCAUACAUGCUUCAAGACUCACAAGCCCAUACUGGGCAUAUGGAAACGCCGGACGGAGGCUUCAACUGGAUCGACAAUAUGCAGAAUUUCGACCUGUUAUCUUCGCACAACGACUUUUCUUCUAUUGCGUCAUGGCCAUAUACCAUGGAUUUUGACCACGGAAUGGACAUCGGAACCUGGGACACUACGGAACAGAUUGAGAUUUCGAUACCAAGUCCCCAAAACAGCAACGAAAGGCCAAACCUCCGCUAA